AUGGCUGAUCUCGAGAGACCCCAAGAUGCCUCCUCCUCUUCCACCAGUGUCAACACCCUCGGUUCCCCAGUCGAGUCCAAUGUCGACCUGGAAAAAGCAGAGACCAUUCACCCAACCUCCACCUCUACUACGGGGGCAGGAGCUACACGGUCGCAAACCGUUGGCCGCGUACGCUCCGUGGCUACUGAUGGCUACUCAGUGUACGAUGUCGAGGGAGACGAAACUGACCAGGAUUCGGCGGAACGUAUCAAGACGACCCCCUACGAAGUUCGUUGGGAUGGACCAGGCGACAAGGAAAAUCCACGCAACUUCAACGUCGCCAGGAAAUGGAUCAUCGUUUUGAUCACUUCAGUUGCUUCCCUUUGCGUAACAUUUACCUCGUCCGUCUAUACCACCACUUAUGGGCAGCUCAUGAAAGAGUUCCAUUGUUCCAGAGAGAUUGCCACCCUGGGUUUGUCUCUGUUUGUCGUGGGCUUAGCCUUUGGACCUAUGCUGCUGGGCCCGCUAUCCGAGUUCUACGGUCGAAGGCCCAUUUACAUCGUGUCCAUGUUCUUCUUCCUCAUCUGGAUAAUCCCCUGCGCCGUGGCCCAGAACAUCCAGACUAUGAUUGUGUGCCGGUUCUUCGACGGCUUCGCGGGCAGUGCGUUCCUCGCCGUGGCUGCGGGGACUGUGGCCGAUCUGUUUGAGCCCAAGGAUAUCGAGUUUCCAAUGAUGAUCUUCACAGCCUCGCCUUUUCUGGGUCCCGCACUUGGGCCGAUAAUUGGCGGAUUGAUUAAUCAGUUUACCACAUGGCGAUGGACCUUUUACAUGCUCCUCAUCUGGACCGGCGUCCUACUGGUCCUCGUCAUCUUCUUCGUGCCCGAGACCUACCACAAAGUCCUCCUCAAGAAACGCGCUCAGCAGAAGCGCAAGGACACUGGAGAUAGCCAGUGGUACGCACCUAUUGAGAAACUCAACCGCAGUAUCCUCGGCACCGUCAUACACUCGUGCUCUGUGCCAUUUGAGCUCUUAUUCUUCGAGCCCAUGUGCCUGCUGCUUUGCAUCUACGCUGCCAUCCUGCUGGGAAUAGUAUAUUUGUUCUUCGGCGCAUUCCCGCUCGUCUUCGGCAACAACCACGGCUUCUCGCUGUACCAGGUUGGGCUGACCUUCAUUGGCCUCCUCAUCGGCAUCACCAUCGGUGUCCUGACCGACCCGUUCUGGCACAAGAACUACGUCAAGCUGGUGAAGAAGCUCGAGGAGCAGACUGGGCAGGUCGGCAUCAAACCCGAGCCAGAGUAUCGUUUGCCACCCGCCAUGUUCGGGGGCAUCCUUGUCCCCAUUGGUUUGUUCUGGUUCGGCUGGACGACUUAUUCGAGCGUGCACUGGAUCGUGCCCAUCAUCGGCAGCGCGGUCUUCGGCAUUGGCUUGUUCCUAGCCUUCACCGGCAUCUUGACCUUUCUUGUCGAUGCAUACCCCGGCUUCGCCGCCAGCGCAGUGGCAGCCAACUGUCUCGUCCGACUGUUGUUUGCGGGCGCAUUCCCCCUUUUCGGGACCCAAAUGUAUCAAAACCUCAAUUACCAGUGGGCCUCUUCACUGUUGGGCUUCCUCGCUUUGGCCUGUGUACCUAUGCCGUAA